AUGCCAGAAAACAUGAAUAUUCUGGACGACAUCUCGCAUCGCCGAUACAAUUCGUUGCGGGGCACUUGGUUGCUUGUCUCCCCGCACCGCACCAAGAGACCAUGGCAAGGCCAGCAGGAAUCUGCCGAGAAAAUUACCUUGCCCGAGUACGAUCCUGCGUGCUAUCUAUGUCCUGGAAACAAACGCGCCCAGGGUGACAUAAAUCCUAAAUACACUGAGACAUUUGUGUUCGUGAAUGAUUACAGCGCUGUUAAGGAGGAGCAGGCUGAAUACAAGCAAGAAGUGAAUCCUGAAGAUCUCUCCAACCUCCUGCUCCGUGCCGAGUCGGUCAAGGGAAGAUGUUAUGUUCUCACCUUCUCCCCAAGCCAUAAUCUAACUCUCGCCGAUCUCACGCCCAAGCAAAUCCUGCCUAUCAUUCAGGCAUGGAGCCAAGUAUAUACUGCGCAUCUUUCGCCGGCGUCACCACUGGCAAGCGUGGCUCAACCACCCAGCCUUGCCCUCGCAAAUAUCCCCGUGUCCGCACCGAGCGCACAGUAUAGAUGGAUGCAAAUAUUUGAGAACAAAGGAGCCGCAAUGGGCUGUUCGAACCCACAUCCACACUGCCAGAUUUGGACCACAACAGGCCUGCCAGAAGAAGCCCUACAGGAGCUUGAACAAUUGAAGAAGUACCGGCAUGAGCACGGUGGAAAGUCCUUGUUGGCAGACUAUGCCCAGCUAGAAAUCGAAAAGGGGGAAAGAGUCGUAUUUCAGAAUGCGACUUUCCUCGUGGUAUGUCCCUGGUGGGCGGUUUGGCCUUUUGAAGUCAUGGUCAUAAGCAAGGAGCACAAGCGGUCGCUGGUAGAUCUGAACGAUCAAGAGAAAUUAGAUUUUGCGGAGGCAAUUGCGGAAGUCACAAGGAGAUAUGACAAUUUGUUCCAAACGAGCUUCCCAUACAGCUCUGGGAUCCAUCAAGCACCUCUUGAGGGCUCGGAUGAGGAAAUCGAGGCCUCGCAUUUCCACAUGCACUUCUAUCCACCAUUGCUCCGAAGUGCAACAGUGAGAAAGUUUCUUGUAGGCUACGAGCUAAUGGCGGAGCCUCAGCGGGAUAUCACGCCUGAGCAGGCGGCUGCUCAACUCAGGGACUGCGGAGGGACACUAUACAGGAAACUCUUGUGA